AGUUUAUUCGAACAUCGGCAAUGGCCCAGGCUCCAACGAAUCCAACAAAGAGAACUUAUCUGCGAACGAAUCCUAGGAUUCCUCCAAGGACUCGCUUCUAUAGCCAACAGUUAAAAGUCGAGAAUGCGAUAAGGAUGCUUCGUGAAGCUGAAGAGAGGCAGAACGCGGAAAGAAGGCGCGAAUAUAGACUGGAAGGCACGCGAAAGCUGCGAAGAAAAUUGAGGGUCAAGGAAUACAGCAAAAGACAAUGCCAACGUAAAAGAGAAGCCAAUAAAGCGAAUACGGAGGCAGGCCUCGAUAAAUUUUGCAAAAAGAUGGAAACGGUUAUUGAGGACAAGGAAGUUGCGACUGAUUUAUUGCAAUCUCUUAGAGACGUUGUUGCCAUGCUUGAUAAGAUAUUAGUGAAGUAA